CAAUAUUCUAUUUUUCUCAGGUCUGGUAGUGUAGGAGGCGAUUCGGCAUUCUGCAGUGUUUACCUGAGUAGUUGAGAGGUCUUCGGUCGCUACUUCCUCAUUCAGCUCUACCAUGGCCUCACGAGCGCCUCGAAACUCGUUUAGGCAUCGAAAUCAUCUCGCUAUUCCAGCCAAGGCUAAACCCAGUGCAAACGGCAAGCAGCAAACUCUUGCCAGAUCACCGCCCCGCAGGCAUCGAAAACCGCCCAUGCCAGGCUUCCCCAUGCUUCACAUAGACCGGCCAGCGCGCUACUAUGCUAGCACGCUAUCCGCAGACGACGUGCAAGCCCUCAGACUCGGCGAGCAGAACCACAACCUCAAGCAAUGGUCCACCAAAGACUUGCUCAUGCACCACGAAUCCCGCAAGGACCUCAUUCCCCGCAUCAUGCCCAAGAUCGACAAGACGCUUGCGCUCGCGGGCAUCGAGCACGACAAGCAGCAUAGCCGGCAGGUAGUCACUACGGAAACGAGCAAGGUGCGUCGCUUCUUGGGGUUUCCGCGUAUAAAGGUCUCUGCUUACUAGAUGGGGGACCAGGAGGAGUAUGAAGAAGCUGUUUCGAUACUGCCGUCCACAUCAACGCAGGACCUAUUGUGUGCUUUGCCCACGCAGCCUCGCUCAGCACACAUGCGCGCAGCAAGUAGCGGCGACUACUUUUCGCUUCAACCCAGUUAUACUCAGCGGAAACUUGGAUCGCAUACGCGCCGCAUCUCACCCCUCGCUUCAUCCUCUUCCUGCUCGUCUUCCUCCUCAUCCUCAUCCGACUCGUCGUCCUUCUCAAGCCCAUCUACAGCGGACUCGUCGCCCCGCGUCCGCAGCCCUCUCGCCCACGAAAUCCAAUUCCGACAUAACCCUGCUGUUACGUUUGAUUCGUUUCUCGCGCCGCACAAGUCGGGCAAGGGCGAGGCGUUUUGUGGCGCGGUGAAUGCGAGGCCGGGCGGAUUGCGCAGCGUCAGGAAGGUGCCUUCGAUGCCGCUGUUGAGGAGGAGGGGCGAGUUUGUGUGAGGGUUGGUG